AGGACUUGUUAUUUUCUCUGUCUGAAUGUUUAAGGCUUAGCAAGAGAGUGCUAAAAGAGUAGGACUGCCUGCAAAACUCCUCUAUCAUCACUCAGCAUCAGACAAAAAAAUCCAAUGGAGACGAAAAACAUUUCCUUGCCACAGGUGGACUUGGAUCAUAUCAGUGAAGAUGAAGUAUACCCUCAGAUGGAUUUGGAGACGACGCUGGAGGAAUGCACCGCUGCCCUGCAUCUCUUUCUGAACAACAGGUUUGCGGAUGCUUUGGCAGUUUUAAAGCCCAGGAAGAGUCACAGUAUGUAUCAUGCUAUGGGCUUCAGCAGCAUCCUGGUAAUGCAAGCUGCUAUGACCUUUGACCCAAAGGACAUGGAUGCUGCCAUGACAUCCCUGAGGGAAUCCCUGCACACCUGCCAGAGGUUUAGGAAGAAAACUGGAAUUAUGGAAACCUUGGCCAGCCUGUGGCACGGACAAUCAGAUGACAGACUGACGGAAGAGGAGAUGCAUGCGGAGCUAUGCUAUGCUGAAGUUUUGAUGCUGAAAGCUGCACUGACAUUCCUGGAUGAAAGUAUAAUCAGCUUCAUCAAAGGCGGAAUGGGAAUGCGGCAUAGUUAUCUGAUAUACAAGAACUGCCAGGCCAUGGAAAAUUCCAUCAGUGAUGUGGACAAAAAGAAGAAUACUCACAUUCAUUUCCGGGGUGGGGUCAGCAUGGGCGUUGGAUCGUUUAAUCUGAUGCUGUCUCUUCUUCCAUCAAGAGUCCUCAGACUUAUGGAGUUUCUUGGCUUCUCUGGAGACAGAGAACUGGGUUUGUCCGAGUUGAGGGAUGGAGCAGCGAGCCAGAGCCUGCGAUCUAUCCUCAGCACUUUGACUCUGCUGAUGUUUCAUCUCUACACGACAAUCAUACUGGGGAUUGGCGAUGGAAACCUAACCGAGGCUGAGGCCUUGCUAAAACCCUAUGCUGAAAAGUUCCCCAAUGGUGCCCUUAUGCUUUUCUACACUGCAAGAAUUGCUGUUCUUAAGGGAAACUUCACAUUUGCUCAGGAGAAAUUCCUGGCAUGUAUUGCAACACAGGAGGAGUGGAGACAGAUUCACCAUCUAUGCUACUGGGAGCUGAUGUGGGCCUAUUCCUUUGAACAAAACUGGAUGGAGGCGUAUCGGUACGCUAAUCUGCUCUGCAAGGAGAACAAAUGGUCCCAGGCUACCUAUGUGUUUCAAAAAGCUGCUAUCUUGAGCAUGCUUCCAGAAGAAGAGGUGGCUAAACUGGGAGAAAACAUAGAGGCAUUAUUCAGGGAAGUGGAUGGUGUCAGAUUAAGAAUUGCAGGGAAAUCGAUACCAACUGAGAAGUUCGCUGCAAAGAAGGCUCAGAGAUACUCGGCGCCCAACUCUGUGAAACUUGUUGUCCCUGCUUUGGAAAUGAUGUAUGUCUGGAAUGGCUUCACAGUCGUGGGCAAGAGGCCUGAGCUAACCAAAAACAUCUUGUCCACUCUCGAAAAAGCAGAGGAGCAGCUCACACAGGAUUCAGAAUACUACAUAGAUGACCAGUGUGUUAUCCAGCUGCUGAAGGGCCUGUGUCUAAGACAGCUGGGGUGCCUGGUCCAGGCCGAGAACUGCUUCAAUCAUGUCAUUUCCAGUGAAAGUGAGAUCAAACAUGAUGACUAUCUGGUGCCAUACACUAUGUAUGAGCUGGGCCUUUUACACAAGCAAAGAGGCGACAUCAGCAAGGCCAUCACAGUAAUCGAAAAUGCCAAGAUGAACUACAAAGACUACAGUAUGGAGUCAAGGCUACACUUCCGCAUCCAUGCAGCUCUCAACACUAUGGGUUCUUUUGAAGCGAAACUUCCUCCAUCACGUACACCAGCUUAAAGCAAAAGCAAUGGAGAGAGUCUCCACCUGAUUUGCAGCUUUCUGCUUUGAUAGCACUUAAACCCCCCCGCCCCCAAAUCCCACACCUAAUUUUUUUGUAUAUACCACAAGAUGGGACCCGUAGCACAGGGCCAAUGUGGCUCAUAUGAAUAGC